ACUUACUUAAAAGAGUAGAAAUCAAUUUGAUGAUCAAUGGAUCAGAUGGGGCGUUUUUGUUGCUACAUUUUUAUUAUUUUGGUCUGUGUUCAAGCUUCUAUCAUCCCUCCCUGCUCUGCUUGUUUGGAGGAAGACCAAAAUGCCCUUUUACUACUGAUCAACUACCCAAUUGAAUCUUUUUCACCAUCUUCCAACUUAAUUACCAACAAAGAGAUUCAUGCUACUGAUUGCUGCAAUUGGACAGGUGUCGUCAAGUGCAGCAACAUUACAGGCCGUGUAACCCUUAUUGAUCUUGAUGAGUUGCUGUAUUCUUGGAGUAGUAUUGGAUCAGAAUAUUGGUACUUGAAUACCUCUUUGUUUCUUCCCUUUCAAGAGCUCAAGUCUUUGUAUUUGUACGGUUACAGAUAUAAUUUGAGGGUAUCAAAAGAAGGUUUGGAAAGAUUGUCUGGGUUGACCAAGCUGGAGGAGCUUUACUUGAACUAUAUUCCCUUCAAUGAAAGCAUCUUGCCAUCCCUUGCCAAGAUUGUAACGCUCAAGAUACUAUCUUUGUCUCGUAUGAAGGAAUGGGAUUACGAAGCUGCUAAUAAUAGCCAAGGUUUUGAAAGAUUGUCUGCUUUGAGCAAGCUGGAGGAGCUUUACUUGGAUUUUAAUGACUUUAAUGAAACCAUCUUGCCAUCCCUUGGCAAGAUUGCAUCGCUUAAGAAACUAUCUUUGAGCAACAAUAAGAUUACUGGAAGGGUCCCAAUUAAUAAAGGUUUUACAAUGAGUAAGCUAGAGGAGCUCAACUUGGAUGGUAAUAAAAAUACAGGAGUUGUAUUUGGAUGAUAUAGAAUAAAAAUGAGGCCUAAAUAUUGUAUGCUUACGUUAUUUUAAUAUUUGUGGUUGUAGUCAAUAAUGCACUAAUAUUACGUUAUUCAAAUAGUUGGGAUAACAUCAACUUAAUUAAUGGGACCCAACGAGAGUGCAUAGUUAUAAUUUUAGGGUAUCAAAAGAAGGUCUGUGCUUAUUAUAACUUGUGAUAUAUAGCAUUUCUUCCAUUUCUUCCAUCGACAAAAGCUUUCUUCGUAAAGUUGGAGUGAUGACUUCUCUUAUUGUAUUAUCAAUGCGUACUUGUGGACUCAAUGGUAGCUUACCCAACCAAGGUUGGUGUGAACUCAAAAAUCUACAGCAGUUAGGCCUUGGUGAUAAUCAUUUUGAAGGGAGAUUACCUUCUUGUUUAGCAAACAUGACAACACUUCGAGCAUUGAAUCUCGCAUUCAAUAACUUCAACCGAAGCAUUUCUCACUCUCCCAUACUUAGUUUGCAGUCACUUGAGUACCUUUCUCUGUCAUAUAACACACUUGUUGAUGAAACAGAGUCUCAAAGUUGGACUUCAUACUUUCAGUUGAAGUUUCUGUCGUUGUCAAGUAGCCUUGCUAGAAGACCCACUAGAACGAUUCCCAGAUUCCUUCAUUACCAAUAUAAGUUACAAGCAAUUGAUCUCUCGCACAAUAAUUUGGUUGGAAAGUUUCCCACUUGGUUGCUAGAAAACAAUACAAGAUUGGAGAUUCUUAAUUUAAGGAAUAACAAUUUCACAAACCCUUUCCAAGUACCCUAUCAUCCUAAUCCCCAUAUUCGAAAAAUAGAUAUUUCGAAUAAUGAUCUAGGAGGUCCGAUUCCGACAAACUUGGGUUUAGUUUUUCCCAAUUUAGUGCAUUUAAACAUUUCUCAAAAUGCAUUUGCAGGCAUAAUUCCAUCUUCUUUAGGUAAUUUAGUUUCCUUGAUGACUUUGGACUUGUCUAGCAAUCAUUUGUCAGGAACAAUACCGGACCAUUUGGGAAUGGGUUGCCUCAAUUUGAUAUACCUCAAAUUGUCAAAUAAUAAUUUAAGUGGGCAAUUAUUUCCAGCCAUAAAUAAUCUAAGAGGUCUUAAGUAUUUGUAUUUGGACCACAACCAAUUUUCCGGAAAGAUCCCAUAUAGCUUAUCCAGUAGUACUCACUUGAUCGCAUUUGAUUUUAGUAGCAACUCUUUGUCAGGCAAGCUUCCAAGAUGGAUUGGCAACAUGACCAACUUGGGUCAAAUUGUUAUGGCCAAAAACCAACUUGAAGGUCCUAUUCCGAUUGAGUUAUGCAAAGUCAAAUACAUCAUGUUUCUUGACCUUUCCGAGAAUAAUUUGUCUGACUUCGUACCAUUGUGCUUCAAUUCAUUGAACAUCAAACAUGUUCAUCUGGGAAAAAAUAGGCUAAGUGGUCCCAUUACAAGUGCAUUCAAGAAUAGCUUUGAUCUGGUAACAUUAGAUCUUAGAGAUAACAGCCUAACUGGCAACAUUCCAGAUUGGAUCGGAAACCUCUCAUCAUUGAGCAUCCUCCUCUUGAAAGCUAAUCACUUGCAAGGAAUGAUUCCAAUUCAAAUAUGCCUUCUUGGAAACUUAACCAUGCUGGAUCUUUCAAAUAAUAAUUUUACUGGUCCAAUACCUCAUUGCUUGAGCAACAUUAGUUUUGGGGCAACUAACCAAAAAUCUGAUCUAGGAAGUUUCAGCACUAGUUUUGUUAUUCGAGCAUCGAUAUACUUGGAGAGAGAGGCACAAGAAAUUUUUGAAAAUCAUGAUUAUUAUGAUAGUUUCCAGGAUGUGGAUGCACAACAAGAAGUAAAGUUCACAACAAAGAGAAAUACUUACUCCUACAAGGCCGGUGAUAUCCUCAAUUUAUUGUCUGGAAUAGACCUCUCAUGCAAUUGUUUAUCUGGUGAAAUUCCACUUGAGCUUGGAUACUUGAGCAACAUCCGUGCGCUGAACUUAUCGCACAACAAUCUAAUCGGAUCAAUCCCCACAACAUUCUCAAACCUAAAAGAAAUGGAGAGCUUGGAUCUCUCCCACAAUAAGUUGAAUGGCAGCAUCCCCCCUCAACUUAUAGAGUUAAACUUUCUAGCUGUCUUUAGCGUGGCUGACAAUAAUUUAUCGGGCAGAACACCAGAAAGAAAAGGUCAAUUUGGAACCUUCGAUGAAAGCAGCUAUAUGGGAAAUCCUCUUUUGUAUGGACCUCCACUACCUAAUACUUGGAACAAAACUGGAUUGCCAUCUAAAGAUAAGAGAGAAGAAAGUGGUGGUUUCAUUGACAUGGAUUUUUUCUGCAUAAGUUUUGGUGUGUCUUACACAAUUGUGUUGUUGGGAAUUGUUGCAGUUCUGUAUAUAAAUCCUUAUUGGCGUCAGGUGUGGUUUAGCUUCAUUGAAGUGUGCAUUACCAAGUCUUUUUAUUUUUUUGGUUGUGAUUUCUUGUAAGUUGUCCUGUACUUUGUAAAUUAUGUAGCCUUGCAUAAUGAUGUUUGAAAAUGUUUGUAUGCUUGUUCUUGAUUUUCAAAUAUGAGGUUUAUAACUUUCGAUAAACCUUUAUCG